AUGUUGGUUCAUCACACAACCACCGUUUACAUGAAUCAAGCAUCCACAGCCAUGGUCAAAAUCGGGUCAAACGACGAAGGUUUCGUGGUGGAAGAAGAGUUUCCCGAGCACCCAAAAGUUGUGGAAUCCCCUGGAAUUGGUCCCGGAUUCACGAUCGAGGAAAAUCUUUCCUCGACAUCGCCGGGAAGAAGCCUCUCAUGCGGUUUAUCAGACUCAAGGUCAAAACGCACCGGUCAACACAACUCCGGCCAAAUUCCGGCGAUCUCCGAUCGCUCCACCUCCUCCACAAACGGCGAAUCACUCCCAUUACUAAUCGACGGGUCACAAGAAAGCCCGGAAAACCCCGCCGCCUGGGUGCACGAUUAUUCCGGCGAGUUAGGGCUCUACGCCGACCACCUUUUAAACACCGAUCUCGACUCCGAUCUCGCCUCCGAAGCCCGCUCCGGUGGCCGGAAACGCAACUCCGGCCACCAGAAUCUCACUCAAAAGUACAUGCCAAGAACAUUCCGGGACCUCGUGGGACAAAAUCUCGCAGUCCAAGCUUUAUCAAACGCGAUCGCGAGAAAAAAAGUCGGGUUGCUUUACGUGUUCUACGGGCCCCACGGCACCGGGAAAACAUCGUGUGCGCGUAUAUUUGCUCGCGCUUUGACUUGUCAAUCUUUUGAUCACCCAAAACCGUGCGGUUUUUGCAGUUCUUGUGUGGGACAUGAUACGGGUAAGGGUAAGAAUAAGAACCGGAGUGUGAUUGAAGUGGGACCCAUGAAUAAUCUUGGGUAUAAAAGUAUGAUGGAGUUGAUUGAAAACACGAUUGGUUCGAAUUUGCGAUCGCAUUAUCGGGUGUUUAUAAUUGAUGAUUGUGAUUCUUUGAUUCCGGAUUUUUGGAGUGCGAUAUCUAAGGUUAUUGAUCGAGCUCCCAGGCGUGUGGUUUUUGUACUGGUUAAUUCGAGUCUUGAUGUUUUGCCACAUAUGAUCGUUUCCAGGUGUCAAAAGUUUUUUUUUCCAAAAUUGAAGGAUGCGGAUAUUAUUUAUACGUUACAAUGGAUUGCUACUAAAGAAGAGUUUGAAAUUGAUAAAGAUGCUUUGAAGCUUAUUGCCUCGAGGUCCGAUGGGUCUUUGAGGGAUGCUGAAAUGACACUUGAGCAGCUUAGUUUGCUUGGCCAAAGAAUUUCGGUUCCUCUUGUUCAAGAAUUGGUUGGACUUAUAUCUGAUGACAAGUUAGUUGACCUAUUGGAUUUAGCAUUGUCAGCAGACACGGUCAAUACGGUCAAACAUUUACGAGAAAUUAUGGAAUCGGGUGUCGAGCCGUUAGCUUUAAUGUCACAACUUGCAACCGUAAUAACCGAUAUUCUUGCCGGAAGUUACAAUUUCAUGAAAGAAAGGCCAAGAUGGAAGUUCUUUCGACGACAAGCUUUAUCGAAAGAAGAUAUGGAAAAGCUGCGAUUAGCAUUGAAGACGUUAUCGGAAGCAGAAAAGCAACUCAGAAUGUCGAAUGACAAGUUGACUUGGUUGACCGCCGCGUUGUUGCAGCUUGCACCUGAUCAGCAGUACGUGUUGCCGGAAUCCUCCGCGGGUACUAGCGGCCGCCACAGUCCGGUGGUGGUUAAUAAUGGCGGUGGAAGAGAUGGAUCCCGGAAAAGUAACUUUGACCAUGGUGACAUGAUUGGAAGUCAAAGGGGAGUUUUGAAAAAUGAGAGAAAAAUGAGAGAAGAUAUAUAUAGGCAAGAAAUUGAAGAAAUUUGGUUGGAGGUUCUUGAGUAUAUUCAUAUAAAUAGCAUAAAAGAAUUCUUGUAUCGUGAAGGAAAGAUGACAUCACUUAGUCUUGGUGCAGCUCCAACAGUUCAACUUAUUUUCACUUCUCACGCAACAAAAUCAAAAGCAGAGAAAUUCAAAACACACAUUUUGAAAGCGUUUGAGCAUGUUCUUGGAUCACCUGUUACAAUAGAAAUCAGAAGUGAAUCAAGAAAAGAAAACCAACUCAUAUUACCCACAUCCCAACAGGACUCAUAUGCAAAACAAAGAAGUGAGAUCAUUGAAGUAGAGGCUUCUCCAAGAGAACAAAAAUCCAUGUUGCAUAUUGAUAAUGAUCAUAAAGUACAGGCUACACCAUCUCAUAAGAAUUCAAGUUUUCAAACAAGAUUCGGAGAACAAAAUCAAUCCAUGAGUCUUGUAAGAGGGAAAGUGUCUCUUGCAAAUGUGAUUCAACAGGCGGAAUCACAGAGAAAUGGUUGGUCCACACGUAAAGCUGUUUCCAUUGCUGAAAAGCUCGAACAAGAGAAUCUGAGAAUGGAGCCGAGAUCAAGAAGCUUGUUGUGCUGGAAGGCAUCUAGAGUUUCACGUCCGAAGAUUUCGCGAUUGAAAUUUAGAACAAGAAAACCACGGGCCUUGUUGAGAUUUGUGUCUUGUGGGAGGUGUCUUUCAACUAAAUCACCGAGGGUUCAAUAA